GCAGCGGCGAGCCCUAAUUCUAUCGCUCCAGUGCGUUGCCCCCUUCACACCGCAUCAUCCCCACUGAGCGAAGCGCCUUACGGCUCGUAACACAGCAGAGGCCCUGCAGUUUCUGGCGCCGCAAAGCCCAGGAUGUCGAUCCUAGAGAAGAUCAAUGACAUCGAGAAGGAGAUGGCGAGGACUCAGAAGAACAAGGCCACAGCCAGCCACCUGGGGACGCUCAAGGCUAAGCUGGCCAAGCUGCGGCGCGAGCUGCUGGAGCCCAGCGGUGGCGGCGGCGGCGGCGCCGGCGCCGGCUUCGACGUGCAGAAAGUGGGCGAUGCCCGGGUGGGGCUGGUGGGAUUCCCCUCCGUGGGCAAGUCCACGCUGCUGACCAAGGUCACGGGCACCUUCAGCGAGGCCGCCGGCUACGAGUUCACCACUCUGACCUGCAUCCCUGGGAUGAUCAGGUACCGCGGCGCCAAGAUCCAGCUGCUGGACCUGCCCGGCAUCAUUGAGGGCGCCAAGGACGGCAAGGGCCGCGGGCGGCAGGUCAUCUCCACGGCGCGCACCUGCAACCUCAUCAUCAUCGUGCUGGACUGCUUGAAGCCGAUCACGCACAAGAAGCUGAUCGAGCACGAGCUGGAAGGCUUUGGCAUACGCCUCAACAAGCGCCCCCCGGAGAUCACGUACCGCAAGAAAGACAAGGGCGGCAUCAACUACACGUCUGCGGUACCAAACCCCAAGCUGGACCUGGAUGCCGUCAAGUCCGUACUGUCGGAGUACCGCAUCCACAACGCAGACGUGCACCUGAAGCAGGACUACGAGGUUGACGACCUGAUUGACGUGAUCGAGGGCAGCCGCGUGUACAUCCCCUGCAUCUACGCCGUCAACAAGAUUGACCAGAUCACGAUCGAGGAGCUGAACGUGCUGGACAAGCUGCCCCACUACUGCCCCGUUUGCGCCUACCACGAGUGGAAUCUGACUGGGCUGGUGGAGAUGAUUUUCGAGUACCUGCAGCUCAUCCGCAUCUACACCAAGCCCAAGGGGAAGCUGCCAGACUGGACGGAUCCGGUGGUACUGCCUGCGGCACGAUGCACGGUGGAGGACUUUUGCAACCGGCUACACAAGACGCUCAUCAAGCAGUUCAAGUAUGCGUUGGUGUGGGGCUCCAGCGUGAAGCACCGCCCGCAAAAGGCGAGUGUGGGCAAGGAUCACGUGCUGCAGGACGAGGACAUCGUGCAGCUGGUGAAGAAGGUGUGAGGAAGCUGCGGGACCGGCGCGCGCCGCCGCAUCAUGUGCCGGCGAGCAGGGAACUGGGAGCAGGGAGGGCCCCAGCCCUGGUUCCAACACUGUGCACAGGACCCGCGCACGUGGCGCCACGCGGCCGGCUUAGUUACACAGGCAGACGAAUGGGUUGCAAUGUGCAAGAAAAUGCUGG